AUGCCAAAUCGUCACUGGAUUGCAGCAAGCUGUUAUCUGUUAUCCGCAGCACUGGACCUCAUUGAUGGUACGAUUGCCCGUCUUUUCAAUCAAAGCAGUAAACUUGGCGCAAUCCUUGACACGUUGGCAGACCGAUGCGCAGAUAUGUGUCUUCUUUCUUGUCUGUGUACCUUCUAUGUGGAUUACAUGUUCGUAUUCAUGAUGAUAAUGUUGUUGGAUAUCUCAAGUCACUGGAUUCACGUUCACAGGUACGUUGAUGCCACUCCGGACAUUCGCACGAACCAAUUCUUCAGCUACAUGGCAGAUGCAGGUCGGAGUCACAAAGACAUUGAUCCCACUUGCCCAUACUUGCUACGAUUAUACUAUAAAAACAAGAUGUUUCUGACCGUGCUAAGUUCAAGUAACGAGACGUUUUUCAUACUGCUCUAUCUUUGCCAUUUCACCUGUGGGCCGAAAGUUGCCUUUGGUGUCCACUUGUUCCCGCUUCUGGCUAUGAUAACUGGACCACCGACGUGUUUGAAAAUCGUGAUCAACGCCCUCCAGUUCUGGAGUGCAGCCAAAAAUUGCCUUUGGUGUCCACUUGUUCCCGCUUCUGGCUAUGAUAACUGGACCACCGACGUGUUUGAAAAUCGUGAUCAACGCCCUCCAGUUCUGGAGUGCAGCCAAAAAGCUGGCCAUUUUGGACGGUCGAGAAAGAAAACUGAAU